AGUCUGUAGAAACAGCAUCUUUUGAAUACAGCGAAACGAAUUCUGUGCGGGGAAGAGGGGCCCCAUGCCUUUUCCCCUAAAAGUCAAAUUAGAACGAAAUCGCCAAAUUACUCCACCGCAGGCCUACAAUCAGAGACAAUUUGGCCUUCAGACGUCCCCAUAGGAUGCAGAAGUUCUUUUCUCAUCCAUAGCAUGAUUCAAUGAAUCAUGGCGAAAUUACUUUUUUCUGAAUUAAUUUGUGUGGUCUGUUUGCUCUAUUUUCCUGGUCUUAGUGGGAAUUCAGAAAGAGAUCUAAGCUUCAACUUUCCUGAAUUCACUGAGUCCGAAACAGAUAGAAUUUCCAUUGUGGGCGAUGCUGGAGUCUCCUAUAAUGUUGUCCAUCUUACAAAUAGCAGCAAGCUUCAAUCAUCUGGAAGAAUUGUUUAUAAUGAGACUAUCCAGGCUUUAUCUAUAGCCAAUUUCAGCACGCACUUCGUUUUUUCUAUGUAUUCUGAUAAAGAAGAUUCUCAGGGCGACGGAAUAGCCUUCUUUCUCACAUAUGUAGGAUAUGCUUACGCUAUUCCACAAUUCAAAACCCAGGGUUUAUUUGGCCUUGCUGGAGAUAGGCUUGAUGUGAUACCUGCUGUAUUUGCUGUAGCAUUUGACAGCAGGCGGAAUAUUGUAGGAACUAUUGCCCGUAAUUUUUCAGAAUAUCAUUAUUUGCAAAACACGAGUGUUUCUGAUCUACACAAGGGGAGAGUAUGGGAUGCAUGGAUUGACUACAACAGUCAAACACAAAUGCUCGAUGUAUAUCUUGCUAGUGGGUCUCAAAGUUCUAAGUCCCCCCAAAAUUGCAUUUUAUCACAGAAUGUAAAUUUGUCUGCACUUUUAAGAGGAAAUAUUGUGAUGGGUUUUUCGUCUGCAGCUGUAAACUCGAAUGAAACCCACAGGAUCUUUUCAUGGAGCUUCAAGAGCAUCUUGUACCCCAAAAACGCUUCAGCGGGUUUCAACGGAAGUGCAAAUGGUUCAGAGAUGAGCUCGAAGGAAAAAGACCGGAAACAAAUCAGAACUUUUGUAAAAAUAUUUCUGGGUGUUGGAUCUGGUAUUGUGGUUUGUAUCACAUUAUGGGGCUACUGUUUAUUCAGAAGAAAGAGAGGUGCAUCCAUUAGAGGGCAAAAGUUAGCAGACAUGGAUCUCGACAAGCUUCUAUACCACAUUCCCCGACGGUUUAAGCUGGAUGAUCUAGUAGCUGGAACUAAUAAUUUCGGGGAAGCUCAAAAGCUUGGGCAGGGAGGAUUUGGAGGAGUAUAUAAAUGCAACCUUGUUGAAACAAAUGAGAUUGUGGCUGUAAAGCGCAUCUCAGAAGGUUCAAGGCAAGGGAUUAAGGAAUUCAUUUCAGAAGUGAGUAUCGUUAGUCGUUUGAGACAUCGAAAUCUUCUUCAACUCUUUGGGUGGUGCCAUGAACGAGACCAGUUGCUUUUGGUUUAUGAUUAUAUGCCUAAUGGAAGCCUAGACAGACAUAUUUUCAUUAGAGGAGAAGAAGAAGAAACAACAACAGCAGAAGAAGAAGAGGAGCCUCGAGUGUUGCAGUGGAAUAUCAGGUAUAAAAUAGCUAAUGAAAUAGCAAGUGCACUGCUGUAUCUUCAUGAAGAAUGGGAUGAAUGUGUUCUGCACAGAGAUGUCAAGUCCAGUAAUAUUUUGCUGGAUAACAAUUUCAGUGCAAAGCUUGGGGAUUUUGGCAUAGCUCGGAUGGUAAGACAUGAGCGUCUAGCUCAGACUACCCGGGCUGCGGGUACAUUGGGAUAUUUGGCUCCUGAAUGUGUGGCAUCAGGAAAAACUAGCCGUGAAUCUGAUGUUUACAGCUUUGGGGCCGUGGCUCUAGAAAUAGCCUCUGGCAAGAAAGCAAUAGAUGAGAGUUUGGUGGAGUUCGACAUGCGGGUUGUAGCAUGGGCAUGGGAUCUGUAUGGUCAAGGUAGAUUAUUGGAGGGUGCAGAUGUAAGAUUUAAUGCAGGGUUUGUAAAGGAAGAGAUGGAACGAUUGAUGGUGGUAGGGUUGUGGUGUUCUCAUCCAGAUGCUGCUAGUCGGCCCAAAAUGAGGCAAGUGAUGAGGUUACUGAAUUUUGAAAUUGCAGCACCUGUUCUCCCCCCUACAAUGCCUGUACCAUCAUAUGCUCACACUUCGUUUACCACAGGGCCUUCCCUUUCAGGGGUAUCACAGAGUCUUCCAAACACUCUGAGUCCAAGGUAGAUCUAUCAGCAGUUUGCUUGAUCCGUUGUCGGUUGUAAUUCUCUUUGUUACAGGCUGCUUGCAGGAUUCUUCCACACAGGGAUAAGUUUUCAUAGUUUACAGAGCCAUGGUGCUGUUUUAAAAUAUUUUAUGAAUAAUUUUGACCAAUAAAAGUAAUUAUUUAGAAAUACUGGGGCUUUUCUUUUCAUAUAUUCAGAAAGAGCUUUUAUGAUACAGGCAGAGAUGUUAAAUGUACAAAGGCUUAAGGGACACAUCAGAAGGACCAAAUUUUUGUUAUUUUCUCUUCAGAUUUUAUUGAAAUAUGAUAUUUAAUAUCA